CUAUCAUAAUUGGUUUAACUUAUUGGAAUGGACGACACCAACUAUAACGGAUCGGUACAUUUCAGAAGUACUUCUUGCUCUAGACAUUUAAUCUGUAUUCUUCCACAAUAGCGUGUUAUAUACCUGUACGUAACUAACUCAUCAUAUCAUACCUUCUGAUUCCUUUUAAGUUUAGAUACCUUGAGAACUGACCAGUGUAGCUCCUAGAACAUAUCUGGAAUGACACUUUACUAUCAAAAUGCUCCUCACAUUAACCUUGCGAAAUCCACAUUCUAAAAUAUCCCAUGUCACUGUUUCUUGGAAAUCGUAAUAUUCGUAUUCAUAGACUGAUAAAAUUCGUAUUCGCUUGUAUAUUAGUUUAGGUACGGUCUAAUGCAUUUAGCCCUUAAACGCAUAUUAUGGUGUCGGUUAGAAACAUAUGUCUUAGGAGGUAUAUAAUGGACAAACAUUGGAAUUGAUGCCGCUGACGGUUUCAGCCUUGCAGAUAAGGAUAAGGGGCAAGGGGCAAGGGGCGAGCAACCAAUAAUUUCGGGAACGGUUAAAGUUUGACUUUAUCCAAUUUGUUUUAGUUUCAAUUCCAACGCUUCGAUAUCGAUAUAGGUAUCAACCUGUACGUUUCAAUUCAAUUUUUUGACAGGCAGUUGUAUAAUGAAUGGCUUCGCUGGUUCGAGGUAGUCAGCAGGUUAGGCAGCUAUGAAGCGGCCGAAUAUGUUGUUGAACUUGAUAAUGCCAGGCCGCGUAAUCGCGACGCUAUUCCUCUUGGCCCUCCACUGCUUUCUCAUCGCCCCCGUCGUCGCAUACACGGCUUUAUCAGAUAAUUUUCUCAAAUUGAUUCCGUCGGGAGGCGAUGACUUUGAUAUCGAGAACGGAAAGCUUUUGGCCCCAAUUUUAAUCCCCCGAGUCCCGGGCACUCCCGGUCAGGCUGCUGCUCAAAAACAUUUUGUCGACUUCUUCACUAAUGAGCUGCCAAAAUGGAGCAUCGAGUGGUAUAACUCGACUUCGAAAACUCCUACCUCAGGAAACAAAGAGUUACCUUUUGCGAAUCUGGUUUUUAAAAGGGAGCCGCCAUGGGUGAAGGAGGGGCAGUCAAAUCUCCUGACGCUCGCGGCUCAUUACGAUAGCUUAAUUACCCCUAAUGGGUUUAUUGGUGCCACUGAUAGUGCGGUGCCUUGUGCUAUCCUCAUGCACGUUGCGAGAUAUAUUGAUAAAUUUAUUACCCAGAUGCACGAUGAGAAUUCUGCACUUGGUAAAGGCGGAACUGUCGCGAUGGACGUGGGCGUGCAGAUUAUCUUAUUUGACGGCGAGGAGGCCUUCAAAAGCUGGUCAGCAACGGAUUCAUGCUAUGGGUCUAGAGCUCUUGCGGAACGUUGGGAGAAAUCUUUUCACCCAGCGAUGUCGUUCCAUCGCAAUCCAUUGGAUCAGAUUAGCAUAUUCGUGCUCUUGGACCUUCUCGGUUCUCCUGACCCAACAAUACCAUCCCUAUUCUUAUCAACGCACUGGGCCUAUAAGGCCAUAGCAUCUAUCGAAGAUAGAAUGCGUAAGCUGGAUCUUCUUGAGUCAAAACCGAAACGUCCCUUUCUACCCGAAUCGGAGAAAGGGCCGACUGCUUUUCGGUCUCUCUACAUUGAUGAUGACCACAAACCUUUCAUUACUCGCGGUGUACCAAUACUACAUAUGAUUGCCUCGCCGUUUCCUGACGUAUGGCAUAGGAUGGAGGACGAUGGUGCUCACCUAGAUAUGCCGACUGUACGUGACUGGUCGAAAAUCUUCACGGCUUUUGCGCUCGAGUGGUUGGAUAUGAUGGAGGUCGAGCCUGUUACUUGACUGGGGUAAAAAAGGAAUUCGAUAUCGGAUGGAUUAUGAAUUCCGCGAACUCUAUAUUCAGAGUUGUGACUAUGUGAUGCGAUUGAUAUAUGCUUACCAAUAUUGCUAUUGAGCCAUGCUUCUUUUAAUUUAUUACUACCAACCAAUAAUGCUACGUUUGCAUAUGCGUUCACC